AUGGGCUCGGAGGUGAAUGAAAGGGUCUAUAGGUUUGAGGACUGGGCAAAUCUCACCGAUUUGUCAUGGCCACUAGACGGCAAGUAUGACAGUACCGGUGGAACUAACUCUAGUUGCCUGGCCAGAUUCGGUGAAGAAGAUGGUCCGUCCAGCGGAAAACAAAUCGAAAGUAUGGAAACGAAGAGUAAGAAUAGAAGGAACAGGAUCAGUGAGAAGGUUGCGGUUCUCCAUGACCUCAUACCUAAUGCAAGAAAGCGUGAUAUGGCCUCCAAGCUGGAUGAUGCGGUUAAGUACAUGAAAUCACUGCAGCUGCAACUUCAAUUCGUUUUACUAGCAUCAGUCACCAUGCGAAUAUGUGAUACGCCAAUUAAUUUUUCUUACGUUGCUCUUAGGCUUUCUAUAUUCUGUGGCGGUUUUCAUGACAACCUUAAUUGA